UUGCACGCCCCCCCCCCCCGCCGGCGCCUGCGCGAGAGGCCGUUACCAUGGAAACCUCCUAGUGCGGCAGGGAAAGACUCCACGGUUUCAAGAUGGCGCAGGACCUGGAUGAGCUCUUGGAUGAGAUCGAGGCCAAGCUUUGCAGACCCGACCCGCUGAAGCUGGGCAAGGCCGAGCAGUCCCGGGGCGGCGACCUCCUCGGCCGCGAGCGGCAGCGAGCUGAGAUGAUGGAGAAUCUCAGAUCAACAGAGACAAUUAAAAAAGAAGAUGAUAUUGACAGUCUUAUCAAUGAAAUAUUUGAAGAAACCAACUUUGACCAAAAACCCUUGAAAUUAACGGCUAAAUCUUCAGUUAACACACCUAUCAGAGCCUCCAUUGAAGGCCAUGGUAAAAGUUGCAGUCCAGUAUAUCUUGGUGGAACCACUGCUCCAUGUGGAGUUGGAACAAAUACUACACAGAGAGUGUGUAACAAUCUGCGUUGUAUAGCCUGUGAUUUCUUGGUUGUAACUUAUGAUGAUUAUAUUUGGGAUAAAUCAUGCGACUACCUAUUUUUCAGGAACAAUAUGCCGGAAUCCCGCAAAUUAAAAACAAAGCUGAUGAAGCAGAAAGGAGCACGGGCAUAUGCCUGUCAGUGUAGCUGGAGGAAUAUUGAAGAAGUGACUCCUCUUCAGAGUGAUCGCCAGCUUCGUUGGGUUUGUGGUAAACACUAAGAAUUCAAACUUUACACUCCCGACAAAUGCAUCCAUGAUGCAGUCACUUUUAAUCAUCAUCAUACUUCAAGAUACACCACAGUAUACUGGGAAAAGGCAAGAAACUUUAUUUAAUGACUGUAUAGCCUCAAAGACCAAUAGCCAUGGGAAGGCAAUGUACUUUAACAUUUUGCAAUUUCUGCUUUUUGAUACAUGGGCUUUUCACAUGACAAGCUAUCUAAAUUCCCUCUCUUUUUUUUUCUUUCUUUUUUUUUUUUUUUACUAAUUUAUCCCCGUUAAAUGGAAGUUUAAUUUGGUGUUUCAUAAAUAAUCAAUUACAGUAUUACUGGUUGUUAAUACACUUGGCACAAACGUUUGUAGCACUUAAAAGCUUGCCAGUGCAGAGAGAUCAUUGGGCGAUGUGUCUGUCACCUUCUCUAGCUAGAUUUGUUGUUGCCCCAGUUCAUAAUUUAGACAUGGGGGAGUUGGGCGGUAGCGCAGCAGGUUAAGCACACAUGACACAAAGUGCAAGGACCAGCAUCAGGAUCCCGGUUCAAGCCCCCAGCUCCUCACCUGGAGGGGAGUCGCUUCACAAGCGGUGAAGCAGGUCUGCAGGUGUUUAUCUUUCUCUCUCUUCUGUCUUCCCCUCCUCUCUCCAUUUCUCUCUGUCCUAUCUAACAAUGACGACAUCAAUAACAACAAUAAUAACUACAACAAUAAAACAACAAGGGCAAAAAAAGGGAAAAAUAGAUAAAUAAAAUAUAUUAAAAAAAGAAUUUAGGCAUGGCAGAAGCAUCUCAUCAAUAGCUAGUUGAAGGGUUUCAGGAGUACAGGCGUGUUACGAAAACACAGCCUACACUGGAUCUUACCCUCACACUGAUUCAAAGCAUCACUAUAUACAGUCAUAUACUUACAGUUUUCAGUUGAUUCUCCUUUUGUCCAUUUAGGUAUCAAAAGCUUAGUUCUCUGCCACCCAGAAAGUGGCACAAUGGGGAAAAGAAAAAAAAAUAGCCUGCUAUUUUAACAAGUAUCCACUUGUACAUAAUUUUUCUUUGAUGUACCUAAAGCACAAAGAAAAAAAUCUAUUACAUACAGUUUAUUAUUAGACUUUCAACUUUUUUUAGCCUUUUAAUAAUGCCUUUAACUUCACUGGAUGAAGCAGACAGCAAGAUUUUUUUUUUUUCAAUCAGCCUGUUGAUUUUUCUGAUAGUAUCAGAUUAAUAUACUGUCUACUAGAUUAGUGCAUGAAAAGAAAAGGUUUGGCUGAACUCUGUUGGCUCCUCCCCGACAUCACUGAAACUUGAGGAAUCCUGGAGUUGCAGCACGUUCAGGAACUUAGUUAUGUCAGAAUUAACUAGCCCCAUCAUAAUAAAUCUGGGAAGCUUCCAAUCUGCCAAAAGCACUGCCACAUGGUAAAGUUAGUAAAUAGCUCAAAUGUGUGAUACCAGACAUACCACAAGGGAGUAGUUGAAGCACAGUCAUGAUGUCUUGUUAACCUUAUACUGAAUCUUAUCUACUCAUCAUAUUUAAGCAGGGAAGAAAGAAAAGGUUUGUAUCCCAGACCUGGUAUAUCUGCCUAUAUGUAUAGCAUAUUCUAAUAAAUUUAACAUUGCAACUGAACACAUCUCACAGUAGCAGAUGCUCACUUUUUUUUUUUUUUCAGAUUUCCAUAUCAAAUUCUUUCUGCCACCAGGGUUAAAUAUAUGCCUUCACAACUCCACUGUUCCUGGCAAUCAUUUUUUUUUCUUUCUUUUUUGAGAGAGAGACUGGCAGCACUCCUCCCCAGCUUAUGAAGUUUCACCCCUACAGGAGGGGACCAGGAGCUGGAGCCCCAGUCUUUGAUGCUCACAUUUUUGUAUUAAGAAUAUGUUAACAGGCCAGCUGGUGGCAUACCCAGUAGAGCAGACACCUGCCCCACCAGAAAUCCUAGUGGCAAAAAAAAAAAAGAGAGAAAUGUUUUCACUUUAGUGAAAGAUGUACAGAGAAAGGGAAGCCAGAGCACUACUCAGCUCUGGCUUCUGGUGGUGCUAGGGAUUAAGCCUACAAUCUCAGAGCCUCAGGCAUGAAAAAUCUUUUGCAUAACAUUAUGCUGUCUCCCUAGGCCCGCUUUCUAAAAAAAAUAUAUGUCUGUAAUUGCAUCAGAAACUGAGACUGGAGGAUCCACUGAAAUCACCUAUUCAAAAAUAAUAAUAAAAUAAAAUAAGACUUACAUUCAGAAGCUCAUAGAAUUUGGCACUUUGGUCAUAAUGGUGAUGUUUUCUUUUUAUUCAAAUGAGCAAAUUCACUAAAUGACUAUUGUGAAAAAAUGUCUGAUUUCAUGAAGCUUUCCUGAAACUAGAUGCAUUGCCUGUUUUAGGUAUAUGCUACAACAUAAUUAUAACAAUAGUUCCUCAGUGUGAGAAAUGUUUAUAUGAGUUCAGAUUGGGUGGGGAGGGGGGAGUUUUGUUUGUAAACUUUUUAAUAGUACAAUAUUAAAUAUUAAUUUUUAUCUAAAAUGUAGAUAGAGUUAUUUUUAUAUGCAAGUGGGUAAAUUAUUACGUUACAAUUUAAGCCAAAAUUCAACUGUUGUUAUGUUUUAGUGUUUAGAAGAAAAACAUACCAUAUACAAGGACCUAAGUUCAAACCCCGGGUCCCUACCUAUAAGUCUACAGGUGUCCCUUUUUCUCCCUCACUAUCUUCCCUUCACCUUCUCUAUCUUCCCUUCCAUCUCAAUUUCUGUCUGUCCUACCAAAUUUUUUAAAAAGGGGAAAAAAACAUAUAUAAGAAAUGAUGGGUUCAUCAUGCAGGUACUGAGGCCCAGCAAUAACCCUGGUGGCAGUUUGGGGGGGGGGGAAUACUUCCCAUAUGUUUUGCUUACAAUAUGCAUAAUAAUUUAUUACCAUUAGCAAGUAACUACUUUUUGCCAAACCAGAUAGCUGCUUGCUUGAAUAAUAGUCUCAAACCCUGCAUGAUGGUUAUGCAAAAAGACUCUCAUUCCUGUGGCUCCAAAGUCCCAGGUUCAAUCUCCCACACCACCAUAAGCCAGAGCUGAGCAGUGCUCUGGUAAAAAGGAAAAAAAAAAAAAAAAGUACUUACUCAAACUAAAGAAGAGAAGCCUGCUGUAAAUGUAUGUGUGUGUGCGUGUGUGUGCACGUGUGUGCGUGUG